AUGGCCCUAGCGCCUCUCCUGCCGUUCCUGUCGCUGCUGCUGCUGCUCGAGGUCCCCGUGGCGGCGCGUGCGUCCUCGCUGGGAGCGCUCCCCGAGGUGGCGGCUGCCUGCAAGGCUGGUAUCCUGUGCCCACCGGUGCCCAUCAAGAACUCUGACCCGCCGCCUGUCAACGUCAGCCUCUACUAUGAGUCACUUUGUGGCGGCUGCCGGGGAUUCCUGGUCCGAGACCUCUUUCCCACAUGGCUGAUGGUCUUUGAGAUUCUCAAUGUCACGCUGGUCCCCUAUGGGAAUACCCAGGAACAAAAUGUGAGCGGCAAGUGGGAGUUCAUAUGCCAGCAUGGGGAGCAGGAGUGUUUGCUCAACAAGGUGGAGGCCUGCCUGCUGGACAAGCUGGAGAAGACUGCAGCCUUUCUAACCAUUGUCUGCAUGGAGGAAAUGGAGGACAUGGAAAAAGUCCUGAAGCCUUGCCUGCAGAUUUAUGCUCCGGAAGUGUCCCCGGACACCAUAAUGGAGUGCGCAAUGGGGGACCGAGGCACACAGCUCAUGCACAUCAACGCCCAGCUGACAGAUGCCCUGCAGCCACCCCACCAAUACGUACCCUGGGUCGUCGUCAAUGGGAAGCCUAUGGGCGAACAUGAUCAGCUCCUGAGCCUGGUUUGCCAGUUGUACCAGGGCAAAAAGCCGGAUGUCUGCCAGAUUGGGGUCAGGUCCCAAAGGGAAGUCUGUUUCCAGUGA